AUGGGACUCCUGGCUGGUAUGGCCGCAGAGGAAUACGAGCGUUACUACCUUGAGAUGUCAUCGCCAGCCAUCACGCCUCCCAGCACGCCGAAUGCGGAGCCAUUCGACUCCAACUCCUUGGACGACUUGCCUCCCGAGGAACACGAGCUCUACUAUCUCAGCAUGUCAUCUCCGGUUCACGACGGUAGUGAUGAACCGCAUUGGCUACAAGUUCAUGUAGAGACCGAUCCGUCUAUCCCGGACAAAUAUGGGUUCUGUUUCUGGGACAAAUUGCCGGUGGAGAUCAAGGACAUCAUUUUCGAAGACGUGUUCGUCCUGAACAAUACAAUUGCCGCAGUCGACAAACACGCGAUCGACUCUAUGCUCACCUGCCGUUGGGACGUGAGGAAACGUCACAAGAAGACCAUGAUGGCGAGCUCUUGGCCUCUGACGGUCUCCAAGGAGUGGCACAGGGCAUACUCACAAACAUUCUGCAGCCUCGUGCAUUUCGAAUUCCAGAGUCCUGAGCAUUGGCGCUCCUUUGCCUCCCACGUCACUUUUUCGAGGUUCCUCGUCAGCAUAACCCUUACACUGGAUCGGCCAUGCUCAGUGGGACCGAAAGAAGUGAUCGUUGCUUGUCCAUCUUUGAGGUCUCUAUGUCUGGCCGUCACGACAUGUUGGUUCAGCGCCAAGAUCGGGUGGGACAUCUGCGCUGAUCCAUGGUCCGAGUCUGACUUCCAGCAGUACGCCCCAUCUCGAGCCUUAUUGCGUUCGCUGCGUGGCCGAUCAGAGAUCGCAGUGCAGCUUGCAGUCGUCGAGACCGACCGGUGGCCACGUUUGAAAGAGCAGGGCCGGCCCAUCUUCAGCAAGAACAUGGCAGAGUUUCUGCGUGUGGCUGAGGCAGCAUCAAAAUUGCCCAAGCCUACAUCGUCAUACCCCUCCUGGUUUUUCGAGGGCUCUUCAGCGCCUUCGAUGGAGACCGCCAUACCUGACCUACCGGAAGAUCCAUCGAUCCCGCACGAUGAUGGGACCUGCUUCUGGGACGAACUACCAUUGGAACUCAUGCAAAUGAUCAUUGAGUUGGUUUACCCAACGGGCCAGAGAAUCAGACCCGUGACGAGUAAGGACUGGCUGGGGCGAGAGCAGCGGGCCCAAGCGAAGCUCAAACGCAAAGACAGGACUUCAGGGAGGCCAUUCCCGGGCAUUUUCCUUGAAAUGUUCCUGGGCGUGUCCAAGAUCUGGUUCCAAGCUGCUUCGGAGCUAUUCUACUCACGCGCGGUCUUCUCUAUAACACCGGACCUUGUCCUCAUGAAGCAGGAGCCGUAUUUGCGCAAUCUCACUACUGUCUCCAUCGGCAUUUUCUCCGUGUUGGAUGUGAGAGGCCUCGCGAGGCUCAUUGCUGAGUACCCAGCCAUAACUCGCGUUACCUUGAAGCUGGAUGAAUACUUCUUCAGGGAAAUGAUCGAACAAGACCUGUGCAUCUCGACAGAUCCUGUUCGAGAGACUGACUUUGAGGGCCACAAGCCAACGGUGACCCUGUUGCGAUCUAUCUAUGGCGUGCCCACAGUCAAGAUUCAUGCUGUGCGGAGCUCGGCCACAUCCAAGCAGCCUCGAUCGGAACGCAAUGCGUUUCCCAAUGAACGUCGCCUCGCACCACUGAAGUUUGACGCUCCUGGACGCUCGUCGUCCUCCGUAUCUGGCAAGACCGCCACCGCCGGACAGCCCUCAUUUCUCUUCCUUCGCGUGGACGACCUGCCGGAUACUCCUGCGAAGCUUUCAGCGCUGCUUGAGAACAACUCCGCGGGUCUGAUCGACUUCCAUAAGAGAAAUCAGUCAUCGUUGCUGGAGUACAUCAAAAGCUUGAAGUCGAAUCACUCGAAGCGAGGCGAGCUCCAUAACAGACAGCAGGAAAGCCUGAACGAUGGAGCGGAACAAGAAUUGGAGGAGAAGCACGGAGUGCAAGAUGAACCAUGA